AUGUCACAAACAAAUUCUAAUUCGACCACCACCAACACACCGGUCAAAAUUGGCAACAACAACUACAACAAUGAUAUGAUUGUGGCCACAACCACCACCACGGCUUUAUCAUCACCACAAAAACGACAACCAUAUCGACUUAAAAAUCCGGCAACUAGAUAUGAUUCUGAAGAAUAUGAUGAAUACAUGUCAAAAGGAAAUGAAGAUCGUGAAUUGAUUGUUGAUCGGCUAUCACAACAUUAUCAUAAUAUUCUUUUGGAUAUUGGUGAAGAUCCAACCAAACGACAAGGAUUGUAUAAAACACCUGAACGUGCAGCAAAAGCAUUUCGUUAUUAUACAUGUGGCUAUAAUUUAAAACUUGAGGAUAUACUAAAUGAUGCCAUAUUCAAUGAAGAUCAUGAUGAAAUGGUCAUCGUCAAAGAUAUUGAAAUGUUUUCCCUAUGUGAACAUCAUUUAACACCAAUUAUUGGACAUGUAUCGAUUGGAUAUUUGCCAAAUAAAAAAGUUCUUGGUCUUAGUAAAUUGGCUCGUGUAGUGGAAAUGUAUUCACGUCGUUUACAGGUACAGGAACGUUUAACUAAACAGAUUGCUACAGCAAUAACCGAAGCGAUUAAUCCUGCUGGUGUUGGUGUUGUUAUAGAAGCUGCACAUAUGUGUAUGAUAAUGCGUGGCGUACAAAAAAUCAACAGUAAAACAAUAACCAGUUGUAUGUUGGGUGAAUUUCGUGAUAAUCCAAAAACACGCGAAGAAUUCUUAACGUUAAUCCGUUGAUGAUGAUGAUGAUGAUGAUGAAUUGACAGUUGUCCAUGAAAACAAAAAACAAAAAUAUAUCCCAAAUGUUUGU